AUGGCGGAGAGGAGCUUCUCACGAUGGACACUAAUCUGGUGCUUGAUGCUAGCGUCGUGGGAUAGCAUUGCUAAUAGCUUGAAGCAGCAACCCAUUGCGCAGUCUGCCAGAAAGCCGAACCUCAUCUUCAUUUUGACCGAUGACCAAGACCUCCAUAUGGGCUCCCUCUCGUAUAUGCCCCUUCUAAAACAGCACAUGGGUGGAUAUCCAAAGUUUGUCAGUCAGGGCUUCAACGACGCAUACUUGCCUAUUUGGCUUCAGGAAGCUGGUUAUGAUACCUAUUAUGUGGGCAAGCUGUUCAAUGCUCAGAGCACGUCCAACUACGACAAGCCGCACGCAGCAGGAUGGACUGGUUCCGAUUUCCUACUUGACCCCUACACGUACGAGUAUUACAAUGCCAUUUUUCAAAGGAACAAGGAUCCUCCUACAAGCUAUCAAGGUGAAUACUCCACGGAUGUGAUGGCGCAGAAGGCAUUUGGCUUUCUCGACGAUGCAAUUGAAGCGGAUCGACCCUUUUUCCUCACCAUCGCGCCAACAGCUCCGCACAGUAAUGUCCAUUUCAACAACAACACGGCAGAGCAAUCUAUGCCUCGACCUGCCCCGCGCCACAGAAGUCUCUUCCAGGACACAAGAGUCCCUCGAACUCCCAACUUCAACCCUGAUGUGUCGAGCGGUGCUUCCUGGAUCCUCACCUUAGCCAAGCAGAAUCAAUCGAACCUCGAUUACAACGAUGAGUGGUACCGCAACCGCCUCCGUGCACUGCAGGCUGUGGACGAAAUGAUUGGUGGCGUUGUGGACCGCUUGGAACGAGCUCACAUGUUGCAGAAUACCUAUCUUUUCUUCUCGACUGACAAUGGCUAUAGCAUCGGACAACAUCGAAGGCAGCCCGGGAAGCAAUGUGCAUUUGAGGAAGACAUAAAUAUUCCGUUGAUCGUACGAGGACCUGGUGUGCCGGAGGGCCACCUUACGGAAAUCGUCACAUCGCACAUCGACCUGGCGCCCACAUUUCUGAGUCUCGCAGGUGUUGCGGAUGCACAGAUAGCACAAUACGAACUGGAUGGCAGUGUGAUACCGUUCCACCUAUUGGACUCGCUGCAUUCGGAGCAAACAUGGCCUCAAGAGCACGUCAACGUAGAAAUGUGGGGGAUCAUCAUGUCGGAGGGAGAACACGGCUUCGUCCUCUAUCCCAAUCAUACCUACAAGGCACUCCGGGUCAUUGGUGACGGCUAUGAUCUACUCUAUACCGUGUGGUGUAGCAACGAGCAUGAGCUGUACGACAUGACUAAAGAUCCGUGGCAAAUGGACAAUAUCUACGUUGAAAGAACCAGAUCUGAUAAUCUGGCUAUGCCUGCUGCAGGAUUCAAUGACCGACCGUCUUCUGCCGCAUCACUUGCAAGUACCGAACAAAUCCUCUCGAGUAUUAACGUCACCACCACACUAUCGCACCUCUUGUCCCGCCUCGAUGCUCUUCUCCUGGUACUCAAAACUUGCCAAAUGGACGAGUGUCGAUACCCAUGGUCGGCCCUCCAUCCAGCCGGCAGCGUGCACAGCCUCCGCGACGCGUUGGAUUCGCGAUUCGACGAAUUCUAUCGCACGAGGCCGAAAGUGCAGUAUGAGCGGUGUGAAAGGGGAUACUUCCCUGCCAGUGAAGGGGCGAUGUGGGAUGGAAGUAUGUCCUUUAGAUCAAUGGAGCACGAAGUGUGGAUCGAUCCGUGA